ACAGACCAAGUGUAAAAUGAAAUGUUCAUGAACGUUUACAGGAUUAUAUAUAUAUAUAUAUAUAUAUAAAAAUUGUCAAGAUGCUUUUUAAAUAUUGUGACCGUGUAGUUCUGACGGUUUUGUUGUUGGGAUUAUGCACGCGCUUUAACGCAGUAGCGGAAAGUGGCGAGAAAUUCCGCAUUGAGGGCCGCGCGCUCGUGUACGGCGUGAGAACUGAGGAGUGGACUCCGCUCGCUCACGUGCUGCUGGAUGGAGAGGAGCAUGUUGGCUUCGUCAGACUUGAUGGCAGUUUCACAGUAAAUGAUGUGCCGUCCGGAUCUUAUGUGGUCCACGUUGCGUCUCCCGUGUACAGAUUCGAGCCUGUCAGAGUUGACAUUACUGCAGCAGGCAAAAUGCGUGCCAGAAGGGUCAAUUACAUCAAGCCAUCUGAGGUAGUGCAGUUGCCUUACCCUAUUCAGAUGAGAUGUACAGGACAGCAUUCAUACUUUGCAAAACGAGACACAUGGGUUUGGUCUGAUUUCUUCAUGAACCCUGUGGUUCUCAUGAUGGUGCUUCCCCUUUUGAUCAUCCUUCUUCUCCCAAAGCUUAUCAACAUGAAUGACCCAGGGAUGAGAAGGGAAAUGGAACAGUCAAUGAAUGUGCUCAAUCCCAGCCCUGAGCUUCCAGAUGUGUCUGAGCUCAUGACCAAGUUCUUUGCCCCACCUAAGAGCCAAGGUAAAUCAGGAACUCACAAGGGACACAGAGGCAGUGGUCCGCGUAGGAGAUAGCAUGUAUGUGAACAAGAAGACAUGUUACUCAUGCCUUUGUUUCAUCUUGAUUUUCCCAUUUCAGUCCUUUGCUAAAUUACUGUAGUAUCACCAGUUGUGCACCACAAGCUUUGAUAUAUGAGAAAUAUGUUUGAAACUAUUAACAUUAACGGUGCUUUAGGUCAGUGUGUUUAUAUUAAUUGGGUUUUUGAAUACCUUCUCUUGAUACAUUUUCUGUUGUGAUAGUAUUUAUUGAGUCUUUAUUUGUUUAUUGAUUCUGAGAACAUAAGUAAAAAAUAUAUUUAAGUCAAAGUUUUAUUAAUGUUACAUAUUUUAAAUAAUAAUAUAAUUUUAUUAGCAUGAAGUGAGGGCAACAUUUUAUCUUCUAGCUUAUUUCAUGUAUUGUACUUAUUUGGUCUGUAUGAUAUUAAAUAGCUUUAGAAUGCUAGAUUAGAUAUCAGGGUCUCUAAAAAGCAACAGCCUUGGCUGACCACUGUGGAAGUUGAAUGUGUGAAGGCUAAAUAUAUCACUAGUGAAAGUAAGAGGGUCUAUAAGGGAUAAUCUGUCAGGGAAGGAUCUGCUGAUUUUGGUUAUCUGCCAACUCUGAGGCACUUGCUGAUAAGAACAGAUUAGAUUAGUGUAAUAAAUAUAUAUGUGGUGUUGUUUUUUUAUGGGUGCUUUUGAGAGCUUGUAACCACUGUAUACACUACCAUGUUGACAAUAAAACAACAUAGAUCAA